AUGGCUACUUGCCAAGAGAGCCUCGAGCAAGUCAUCUCCAGGGUUGGCAGUGCAUUUGAGGAUGGUCUCAUUGGUGUAAACAAGACCAUCGAGUGGCAGCUUGACAAAAAGUUCGAAGAAGGCAGGAAAGGCGAAGAUGGGCCCAAAGAAGUCACGGAGUCCCUCAGCCGACUUCACGCUGAAAUGAGAGGGACCCGGGACUUAUGUGAGAACUUACGCUCCCAGUUCAGUGAAUGGAACCAAGCCGAAGCUGAAGCUCUCCGCACUACUUAUAUCUCCAGGCAGGAGGAACUUGCCCAAAAACUGGAGCAACGAGGCAACACUUUGGAAGGACGUGAAUUAAACCUCCAAGGGUUGAUAAGCACGUUCACCUCCAAGAUGUCCCAAGUCUGGGGGAAAAUCAAGGGCAACAAGAAUGAUGCAAAAGAUGCUCUGCAGGAGACGAUCUACCAGGUGCAGGAAAGAUUUGAGGCCUCACUUCUCAGAGAAAGAGCUUGGUCGGCCCAGAAGCUCGUGCAGAUGGAAGCUGCAGUUCUUGAGUUGAGAGAUCAUGUCAGAAACCUCACACAAAUAGAGCGAGGCAGCACUGAGACUCCGGCGCAGCAGAACGUUGAAAAGUUACAUUUGAUGCUCCAGGAAGAAAGGGGGACGGUGGCACGCCUCACCGAAAACAUCCACAGCCUUGAAAAGGAAGCCAAGCUUAUGACGGGACUACGGGAGAGGUGGACCCGCGAUCUCUGGCUGAUCGAUUCCCUGAGGUCCCAGUUGUCCGCUAUCCGCCAUCGAAUGCCGCAGGUUGAAAGUAUGGCAGCAAAGCUAGACAGCAUCAGCCUACUGAACUCAUUCAUUCAUUCAACAGCAAGCUAUCUUUCCAACGAAAAGAAGUGGAUCCAAGGGGAGCUCACCACCCGAGAUAACGGUAGCAGCUCAGCCGGGAGUUCCCAGCUCAGAGCGGUUCAUGAGCAAACACGCUCAACGGAUAGUAAAGGCCCAGCCACGGAGGGCUCCAUUCCCGGGGUAAAUACGGGCUGCAGCGUGGCAGCAGGCCCUCAUGGAAUCUCAACUCGUCGGGUCACGGUAUGUUGCCCUACGCUGGAACUGGAUCCACCGUCUCCCCCAUUGUCGGUUGAGCAGGAGCAGAUAAAACGUCGCGAAGCAGCCAAGCCCCGGCCGAUACUGAGAUUCACUGCGAAGCCCUCACAGAGCCCUAAAGUCUCAGGUCCUGCAGCAGAGGAACUUGGGGCCUCUUUCAGCUACAGCCAGUACAAUCGACCGGUGAUGGUGAGGAGUGCCCAGACAGGGGAAGACGCGCGGUCUGGGAGGAAGCGUAAUCCGUCCGUCUCGAUGGAUGACAUCCACCGGAUCGGGAAACGAUUCAAGCCAGAACCGCCAGAGAACGUCCCGGGGGACCUGACGACACCAUCGAUUAAGACUUCAGAGACGGCCCGCGGAAAGCAUGUUGACGGCAUUCGAGGGCCUCGCCGCAUUGUCCAUACCUACUCUCGCAAUCUAGCUGAAUAA